GUCUGCAUCUCCGCGGAGAGGGAAGAGGAGGAGGAAGAGUGGGAGGAAAGGAGGGAGGAGGAGGUUGCCAGCUCUGCCCGGGCUGGGCUCCGGCUCCUGCAGCUGAGUUUGGGAGCUGUCUGAGAAGUGAUGUUUGUUUGUUUGUUUGUUUUCUUUAAAGGCAGACGUCUAGCGUAGAAACAGAAACUGCCUCUUCUCUUCGGAUUUGUGCAAGGUUCUUCUUUUGCGUCGUGGGACUGGUGAUCAUCAUGCUGUGAUGUGUGUCCAGAGAGGAAUUGAUCAGCUGCACAACCUGCAUCUUCCCGUGUUUUGGACAUGACCGAGGCUCUUCAAUGGGCCAGAUACCACUGGCAGCGGCUGAUCGGCAGUACAAACACGGAUGAUGAUGAGAGACCCUACAACUAUUCCUCUCUGCUCGGUUGCGGGGGCAAGUCCUCUCAGACCCCCAAAGUGGCAGGAAGGCACCGGGUGGUUGUCCCCCACCUCCGGCCCUUCAAGGAUGAAUACGAAAAGUUCUCUGGAACCUAUGUGAAUAACCGAAUACGGACAACCAAGUACACGCUUUUGAAUUUUGUGCCAAGAAAUUUAUUUGAACAAUUUCACAGAGCCGCCAAUUUAUAUUUCCUGUUUCUAGUUGUCCUGAACUGGGUGCCUUUGGUAGAAGCCUUCCAAAAGGAAAUUACCAUGCUGCCUCUGGUGGUUGUCCUUACAAUUAUUGCAGUUAAAGAUGGCUUGGAAGAUUACCGAAAAUAUAAAAUUGACAAAAGGAUCAACAAUUUAGUCACCAAAGUUUACAGUAGUAAAGAGAAAAAAUAUGUUGACAGAUGCUGGAAGGAUGUUACUGUUGGCGACUUUAUUCGGCUUUCCUGUAAUGAGGUCAUUCCUGCAGAUAUGGUUUUACUCUUUUCCACUGAUCCAGAUGGAAUCUGUCACAUUGAGACUUCCGGUCUUGAUGGAGAGAGCAAUUUGAAACAGAGGCAGGUGGUUCGGGGCUAUUCAGAGCAGGACUCUGAAGUUGAUCCUGAGAAGUUCUCCAGUAGGAUAGAAUGUGAAAGUCCAAACAAUGACCUCAACAGAUUCCGAGGCUUUUUAGAACAUUCCAACAAAGAACGUGUGGGUCUCAGUAAAGAGAAUUUAUUACUUAGAGGAUGCACCAUAAGGAACACAGAGGCUGUCAUGGGCAUCGUGGUUUAUGCAGGUCAUGAAACCAAAGCGAUGCUGAACAACAGUGGACCAAGGUAUAAGCGCAGCAAGUUAGAAAGAAGAGCAAAUACAGAUGUCCUCUGGUGUGUCCUACUUUUGGUUAUAAUGUGUUUAACUGGUGCAUUGGGUCAUGGAAUCUGGUUGAGCAGAUAUAAAAACAUACCCUUUUUUAACAUCCCUGAGCCUGAUGGCCAUGUCACAUCACCAGUGUUGGCAGGAUUCUAUAUGUUUUGGACCAUGAUCAUCCUGCUACAGGUCUUGAUUCCCAUUUCUCUCUAUGUUUCCAUUGAAAUCGUGAAGCUGGGACAGAUAUAUUUUAUUCAAAGUGACGUGGAUUUCUACAAUGAGAAGAUGGAUUCUACUGUUCAGUGCCGAGCCCUGAACAUCACUGAGGAUCUUGGACAGAUUCAGUACCUCUUUUCUGAUAAGACAGGAACUCUCACAGAGAACAAGAUGGUUUUUCGAAGAUGUAGUGUGGCAGGCUUUGACUACUGCCAUGAGGAAAAUGCCAAAAGGUUAGAGUCCUAUCAGGAAGCUGUCUCUGAAGAUGAAGAUUUCGCCGACACUCUCAGUGGCUCCCUUGGCAAUAUGGCAAAGCCAAGGACCCCCAGCUGCAGGACGGUUCACAAUGGGCCUUUGGGAAGUAAAUCCUCGAAUCAUCUCAGCGGGAGCUGUUUCGCUCUAGGAAGUGGAGAAGGAGCUGGUGAAGUGCCUCAUUCCAGACAGGCUGCUUUCAGUAGCCCCAUUGAAACAGAUGUGGUACCAGAUACCAGGCUUUGGGACAAGUGUAGUCAGAUUACUCCUCAGCUCUUUACUCCACUGGAUGAUGCUGUCCCAGAUCCGCCACUCGAGACUCUGUACAUCAUCGACUUCUUUAUUGCGUUGGCAAUUUGCAACACAGUGGUGGUUUCUGCUCCUAACCAACCACGGCAAAAGAUCAGACUCUCUUCUCUGAGUGGAAUGCCCAUUAAGUCUUUGGAAGAAAUUAAAAACCUGUUCCAGAAGCUGUCUGUCCGAAGGUCAAGUUCGCCAUCUCUUGCCAGUGGGAAGGAGCCAUUCUCUGGGGUCCCAAACGCCUUUGUGAGCAGACUUUCCCUCUUUAGUCGCAUGAAACCUGCUUCCCCUCUAGAGGAAGAGAUCUCCCAGACGAGUGAGAGCCCCCAGGGCCGUGGGAGCUUGGCUUGUCCCACAGAAACCGAGCAACAGAGCAGUGAUGAGGGCAUCACGGACGGCAAGGUGGGAUCCCCGCCUGGACAGCCCUCAGCCUCCAGCCUGUGUUAUGAGGCCGAGAGCCCGGAUGAAGCAGCCCUGGUGUAUGCCGCCCGGGCUUACCAGUGCACGUUACAGUCCCGGACGCCAGAGCAGGUGGUGGUGGACUUCGCUGCUUUGGGACCAUUAACAUUUCAACUCCUGCACAUCCUGCCCUUCGACUCCGUAAGGAAAAGGAUGUCGGUUGUGGUCCGCCACCCCCUUUCCAACCAAGUCGUGGUGUAUACAAAGGGUGCGGAUUCUGUCAUCAUGGAGCUGCUCUCUGGGGCUUCCCCAGAUGGACCAAGUCUGGAGAAACAACAGAUGAUGAUAAGGGAGAAAACCCAGAAGCACUUGGACGACUAUGCCAAACAAGGCCUGCGUACUCUGUGUAUCGCAAAGAAGGUCAUGAGUGACACAGAAUAUGCAGAGUGGCUGAGAAGUCAUUUUUUAGCUGAAACCAGCAUUGACAACAAGGAAGAAUUACUCCUUGAAUCGGCCAUGAGAUUGGAGAACAAACUAACUUUACUUGGUGCUACUGGCAUUGAAGACCGUCUGCAAGAGGGUGUCCCCGAGUCUAUAGAAGCCCUUCACAAAGCUGGAAUCAAGAUCUGGAUGCUGACGGGGGACAAACAGGAAACAGCUGUCAACAUUGCUUAUGCGUGCAAGCUCCUGGAGCCAGAUGACAAGCUUUUUAUCCUCAAUACUGAAACUAAAGAUGCCUGUGAGGUGCUGAUGGACACAAUUUUGAAAGAGCUUCAGGGGAAGAACCCAGCUGCUCCAGAGCGAGGACCAUUAAGCGAGGAUUCACAGCAGCCUCCCGGCCCCCAGGACCCAGGGCUGCGGGCUGGACUCAUUAUCACGGGGAGGACCUUGGAGUUCGCCCUGCAGGAGAGUCUGCAGAGGCAGUUCCUGGAGCUGACUGCUUGCUGCCGGGCUGUGGUCUGCUGCCGAGCCACACCCCUGCAGAAGAGCGAGGUGGUGAAACUGGUACGCGGCCAUCUGCGGGUGAUGACCCUGGCCAUUGGUGAUGGUGCCAAUGACGUUAGCAUGAUACAGGUGGCAGACAUUGGGAUUGGGAUCUCGGGUCAGGAAGGCAUGCAGGCGGUGAUGGCCAGUGACUUUGCCAUUUCUCAGUUUAAACAUCUCAGCAAGCUCCUCCUCGUCCACGGGCACUGGUGUUACACCCGGCUUUCCAACAUGAUUCUCUAUUUUUUCUACAAGAACGUGGCCUAUGUGAACCUCCUUUUCUGGUACCAGUUCUUUUGUGGGUUUUCAGGAACAUCCAUGACUGACUAUUGGGUCUUGAUCUUCUUCAACCUCCUUUUCACAUCCGCCCCUCCUGUCAUCUAUGGUGUUCUGGAGAAGGAUGUGUCUGCAGAGAUGCUCCUGCAACUGCCUGAGCUUUACAGGAGUGGCCAGAGAUCAGAGGCAUACUUACCCCACACCUUCUGGAUCACCCUGUUGGAUGCCUUUUAUCAAAGCCUGGUCUGCUUCUUUGUGCCUUACUAUACCUACCAGGGCUCAGACAUUGACAUCUUUGCAUUCGGGAACCCCCUGAACACAGCUGCUCUCUUCAUCAUUCUCCUCCAUCUGGUCAUUGAAAGCAAGAGUUUGACUUGGAUCCACAUGCUGGUCAUCGUUGGGAGCAUCUUGUGUUAUUUUCUCUUCGCCUUGGCUUUUGGAGCCAUGUGUGUAACUUGCAACCCACCAUCCAAUCCCUACUGGAUUAUGCAGGCACACAUGCUGGAUCCAGUGUUCUACUUAGUUUGUGUUCUCACAACCUGUAUUGCUCUUCUGCCCAGAUUUAUAUACAGAGUUCUUCAGGGAUCCCUGUUUCCAUCUCCAAUUCUGAGGGCUAAGCACUUUGACAGACUGACUGCCGAGGAGAGGAAGGAAGCUCUCAAGAAGUGGAGAGGGGCUGGAAAGAUGGAUCCAGUGACAUCUAAGUGUGCUGACUACUCAGCUGCCAAGUCAGAGAGAAUACCCAUUUCAGACCCUCCUGCUGUCUUUACAGUGAUGUCUUCAACUUCUUGUGUUUUUGAGCAUGGAAACUUAGUUGUAUGUGAAACUGCUAUAGACUCAGAUUCCUCUAAAACUAAGGUCUCAGGGAUGGCUGGACCCUCAAACGACUGAAAAAGUAGGAUACCCUCCUUGGAGUUUCAAGUGUUCCUUCAAGUGUGGAAUGGGGACUUUGAAGAGGCUCCUCUACCAAGCAAGAAUGACUUGGAUUUUUCCUUAAGGGACAAGAGCAUCUUGUUCUUGAGCUCAGAAAAGCUAAAGUGAUGACCUUUGCUGUAUGUUUGUACAUACAUUUUUAAAGGAGGUUAAAGUUGGGCCUGUACAGAGUUUAAAGAAGUGAAAUAUUUAAUUCAGAAUCAAAUGCUUUUAUGAAACUUUUUGGAUUUUGUGAAAGCAUUUUAAUUGCCUUAGAAAUGCAGACAUUUUCAAGGAGAUUCAUUUGAGACAAAUAUUUAUUUUAUUCUCUGCUCAUUUCAGUGUUCUCCCAAGGUGGAGCCUUCAUUCGGAAGGGGCACCAGGGGUCCCAGGGGUCCAUAGAGAUGUGUUCUCUCCGCUUCCAGUCAAAAGAAGACUUUAUGAGGUCUGCCUCUGUGCAAAUGUUGUCAGUUGAGAAACAGAUAAUGUUGGUAAGGAAGACAGAAUCAGCCGAGUCUAGAACCCAUUCGGCAAUUUCCUGUAUUCUAAAACUGACAAUAGCCUGAUCCAGAAGAGACAAUCAGUUUCAAACAGUCUUCAGGAGACCAUUUGAGGGUUUGUAGUCUUGAGAGUACCCUACAAUUUUUCUAGUUGUGCAACCUCUAAAAAUGAGAUAUUGUGUAGUGAGACUGAUACAGGUGGUUCUCAGGAAUUUUCUAUGACGUUCUUAGAAAAAUUAAUUUUUAAUACAUUUUAGGACAGGAAUGGCUAUUCCAAGUUAAUUGCUGUUACAAAUCAUGUAUGCUGGCUUUGGUUGGAACAAAGAAACUAGUUGCUAUCCAAACUGCCAGGUAUUAUUAUAAAAUCAUGUAUUCUUGCUGAGUUCUUUUAAAAUUUUGUAUCUAUUCAUCUGAAAAUUGUCAGCCCUCCAGAAUUCCCUUUAUGAAAUCCCCAUGCUAAUGUUCCAUGUCUAUAUCAAGGUCAUCCCAAUGACUAUUCAGCUAUUAUUCUCAGGGCUUACUCUUCUAUCUGCUGCUCCUGUCCUGGUCUGACAUUUUCAGUAGCCUUCUUAUAUUGUUGCAGAUGGUCUAGUUAUACAGACUGUUUUAUACAGACUGAUUUUUAGAACAUUCAAAAUCCCACAUGGCUAAUGGAGGUAGCUUUCUGCUUUCUUACAAUUUUUUUUUAAAAAAAUAAACUGUUUAAUAAGCAACAUAUACAAAAAGCUGUCAUCACUCGUAUUCACCAAAUGCAACAGUAAUUGGUACCAGAACUCAGAAGGAAAAUCCCAAAGCAUACCUUUUACCAGAAUAUUUUUUGACCUUAUAUGGAAAAUCAGUGAUGUCAUAUUAUCUGUUAUCUGCAUAGCAGCUUGCAUGCAUUCCUUGAGAGCACCAUCUUGCUGAUAAAUAAAAAUUUAGGACAUAUUUACUUGUAAAUACAGGAUUCGAAUCUAAGGAUAAAAAGAAUGAGUCCAAGAGUUAAGAAAAAAGUUCAGUGUCCAAGAUGUAAAGUGUCUCUACACAUGAGUAAAGAAAGGUCUUGAGUCUUCAUGUUAUGGGUUCAAAAUCUCCUAUCCACAAUUGUACAAUCCCAAGACCUCUGAAAACUGAAAAAUUUCAUAAUUAGGCACAAAUUCAAUGUCUUAAAUAGAGGUAAGGCUGUUUAUUUAACAAAAUUAUUCAUAUAUUUCACCACAAAAAUAUGAAUAGAUUUUAUUAAUGGGUGCUAAACUUUUUAGUAUCAUGUCUUAAACUUUGUUUUUUUGCUCUUUAGGGUCAUACAGUAUAUGGAUGUUCCCAGGCUAGGGGUUGAAUAGGAGCUACAGGUGCUGGCCUACACCACAGCAAUGCAGGAUCUGAGCUGUGUCUUCGACCUACACCACAGCUCAUGGCAACGCCAGAUCCUUAACCCACUGAGCAAGGCCAGGGAUCAAACCCACAACCUCAUGGUUCCUAGUCAGAUUUGUUUCCACAGCACCAUUAUGGCAACUCCUAAAAAUAUUUUUAAAUCCUGAAUUUUGAAACCCAUCUGGCCCUCAGGGGAAAGAGAUUUUGGAUCUGUAUGAAGCUUUUAAAAGGUCUCAUUUACAAGUGAAUAACUUACAUGAAGUUGCACAAGCUGUUGUGGUCUGUUGCACGUUAGCAUUCAGCAUAUUUCACCAUGGGGGAACCCAAAUUUGCUCCUAGUAGCCAAGAAAAAUUAAUUAACAGUAUACAUUUUGCAACAUAAUUUUAUCCCAAAAGAUGUAUUAAAGAAUUAGUUCAGAUUCCCAAAAUGUGCUGUAGACAUUAAACAUCCUUGCACUCUUACCAGGGCUGAAGUUUUCCUUGGACAGUCGAUGAGUGAGCUGAGACUUAUAAGCACCCUCUGAUUUCAGACUAAUCAGAGAGCUAUCUGUCAUCUAACAUAAAAGACCAUAUUCUUGUUAAGAAUGAGGUAUAAUACAAGUCAAUUUUGAUUGGUGGGGAUCCUGGGUGCCAACUAGUUGUAGUGGGAAACAAUUUCCUGGGGCUUGUUUCCAUCUUUUAUAUCCAUUAAAAAAAAA